UCUCUCCAGCGCCCCUUGGCCAUGGCCGCGGUACCCACGGCGUCCGCUCCCCUGCGCUCCCGGGGUCCCAGCCACUGUCGCAGUCGCGGCAGCCUCUGAGCCCCAAGGGCCACUGCUAGCCGGGAUCCCGCCCGCAGCUGCCGCGCAACCGAGAGAGCUAACCUGCGCCUAGGAGGCUCCCGCAACCUUCGCUCGCGGCGAUGACAGCCACCCUAGAGCAGCCGGCUGUGUUCGGACAAUUUGAGAAUGCAAUUGUUGGUUUCCUUGUCCACGCGUCCCGCUUCGCUUGCCAUCCCAGCACGCCUGUUGGAUCUCAGUGGAGAAGUCCGGCUGCUCUGGUUCUUCAAAGCUCCGUAUAGACUCGCUUAACAUCCACACACAUAUUUCCUUAAAAGAACAUUCAAUACAACUAACAGUCAAAAGAAAAAGGAGAGAAAGGAGGGAAACAUUAUACUGGGUUACUAUGCACUUGCGACUGAUUUCUUGGUUUUUUAUCAUUUUGAACUUUAUGGAAUACAUCGGCAGCCAAAACGCCUCCCGGGGAAGGCGCCAGCGAAGAAUGCAUCCUAAUGUCAGCCAGGGCUGCCAAGGAGGCUGUGCGACGUGUUCUGACUACAAUGGAUGUUUGUCGUGUAAGCCCAGACUAUUUUUUGUUCUGGAAAGAAUUGGCAUGAAACAGAUAGGAGUGUGUCUCUCUUCAUGCCCAAGUGGAUAUUACGGAACUCGAUAUCCAGAUAUAAAUAAAUGUACAAAAUGCAAAGCUGACUGCGACACCUGUUUCAACAAAAAUUUCUGCACAAAGUGUAAAAGUGGAUUUUACUUACACCUUGGAAAGUGCCUUGACAGCUGCCCAGAGGGCUUAGAAGCCAACAACCAUACCAUGGAAUGCAUCAAUAUUGUUCACUGCGAAGCCAGUGAGUGGAGUCCUUGGAGUCCAUGCAUGAAAAAAGGAAAAACGUGUGGCUUCAAAAGAGGGACUGAAACGCGGGUCCGGGAUAUACUACAGCAUCCUUCAGCCAAGGGUAACCUGUGUCCCCCGACCAGUGAGACAAGAACGUGCAUAGUACAAAGAAAGAAGUGCUCAAAGGGAGAGCGAGGGAAAAAAGGAAGGGAGAGAAAACGGAAAAAACUUAAUAAAGAAGAAAGGAAGGAAACAAGCUCUGACAGCAAAGGUUUGGAGUCCAGCAGAGAGAUCCCAGAGCAGCGGGAGAACAAAGACAGACAGCAGCAGCAGAAGAGAAAAGCCCAGGAUAAACAACAGAGAUCGGUAUCAGUCAGCACUGUACACUAGAGAGGCCUGUGAGCUUACUGUAGACUCGUGAUGCUGCUAUCUCAACCAGAUGUCCAGGACAGGUGUUCUAGCCAUUAGGACCAUAAACGGACAACAUCAGUUACCACUCUGUCUAAACAACAUUCCGAAUAGUUGCUAUAUUCUUCAUACAAGCAUAGUUAACAGCAAAGAGCCAAACGUUCAAAGAAGGGAUACUUUCAGAUGGUUACCUUAUAUGCUUCUGUGCAUUUUUGAAAGACGAGAAAAAUUGUACAUAAUUAUCAAUAAGCUGCAAGCUAUCCUCACAUUGAUGACACCUGGAGAAGAAACAUCUUUUCCCUAUUAAAAAAAAUGUUAUUCAAGUAAUCGUCUUUAAGAAGCAAAAGAUAAUUCUACAACUUCAAAGGUGCAGUGUCCCUGAAAACACAGGUCAGGGGAGAGAAACAUCACUCCAAGAACAGGGUGGGUUUGUCCGGGAGAUCUAGUGAAUGCUCAGAAUUAGGGCCUGGCAUUUGGAAUCCUAGAGUUUAUCAUCACAGAAGCAAGUUCUUUAAGAUUACUUCUAUUGCCCUCAUCGUGUACUUCUGCAAGAAACUGAGAGCAUAACAGAGUUAAGUAUGCCGUGUGGGACUGGAGCAAAGCAAACUGUGGACAAAAUCAUAGAGCUGGAGAGAUCAUCUUGAUGUUCCAAAACUGUGCAGGGUGUGGCCACCGGGAACAGGUCUCCGGUCUGUGUGAGGGCUGUGUGGUUGAUCAUCUGCUACACCUCAGUUUAUAUAAGUCUGUAAACACGUACCUGUAACUCCCUUCCAAGAGCAAAACCAUACUUAUUAGAAGAAAAAUUCUGACUUUAUAGAAAUCAAAAACUAGAGUGAGGCGAAUGUGACAUGUUUGCAAAGUUGUGUUUCCUUUCUUAAGGAGGGAAAAACAAUUCUAUUACCUGCUUAAGGGUCCACCUGGAACUAAAGGGGUACUACUUGCUGACAAGGUGUAUCUAGUAGGGGAGAAAGCCACCACAAUAAAUAUAUUUGUUCAUAGUU